AUGUCUGGAGCAGAUGCGGCGUCCAAGCUGCCCGGAGUCAAGCACAAGGUCAUCGGGCUUGUCUCCGGUGGCAAGGACAGCUGCUUCAACAUGAUGCACACCGUCGCCAACGGACACGAGAUCGUUGCCCUUGCAACCCUCACCCCUGAGCCGGGUAUCGGUGAGCUAUCUGCUUCGGUUGGAACAACGAUUCCGCCGCUUAUUGCUGAGGCGAUGGGUCUCCCGCACUACACUCGUGUCAUCAAGGGUGGUGCUGUCGAGCAGGGUGCGGAGUACGGGUCACGCGAGCAUGGCGGCGAGGUGUCCGGGCAGGAAGGUGACGAAACCGAGGAUUUGACUGCUCUGCUGAAGACAAUCAUUGCCGAACACCCGGAAGUCACCGCUAUCUCGUCGGGCGCCAUCCUUUCCAACUACCAACGUCUGCGCAUCGAGCAUGUCUGCCAGCGCCUCGGCCUCACGUCGCUGGCGUACUUGUGGCAGAGCGAGCAGCUUCCUCUCGUGACGCGGAUGGUCAGCAGCGGAUUGGAAGCUGUUCUCGUCAAAGUCGCUGGAAUCGGUCUCGGCCAGAGGCAGGUCGGCAAGUCGCUCGGGCAACUGCUGCCACUGCUAACACGGUUGUUCGGUGCCCAUCCCGCGGGUGAAGGUGGCGAGUAUGAGACUCUCACUGUCGACUGUCCACUCUUCAGCAGUCGCAUCAACUUCGUCGAGUCCGAGAUCAUCGAGUCUGAGCCAGAGCCGUUCCCCGUCGCCUACCUACGCAUCUCGAAGGCUGUGCUCGAGCCGAAGGAAGGAUGGGUGAAGCCGACAGUCGCUGAGCUCCGGGAACUCCUAGAGCUCGACGCGGGCGACGAGGGCAAGGAGGGUCUGGACGAGAAGGGCCUCGAGGUACUAGAGGCUAUCGACUCCGUGACAGCCCAGGACGACGACGCUGCUUCCGUCACAGAGCAGCUGGCGGGCACAUCACUAUGCGCUGUUGAUGCUUCACCCCGAGGAGUUAGGUUUGGGCGACGGGGAAGGUGGUUUGCAGUCUCUGCUGAGGGUCAGUCCGCUAGUGCGCCUUCCGUGAAGGACGAGGUUGUGGGGGCGCUUGAUGCGAUCAAGUGUAAUCAGAAUCUCUCUCUUCCCCUGCACUCGACUCACAUCACACUUCUUCUCUCCUCUAUGGACCUCUUCCCCGAGGCUAACACCGCAUACGUCAAGUACUUCGGUACAUCCCCACCGUCACGGGCGUGUGUCGCCGUGCCGCUCCCGGAAGGCGAGCGGAUACGCAUCGAGGUGAUCGGUUUUGAUGACCAGGCUGAAGACGCACCCAUCGGAGGACGCACAGCUCUCCACAUUCAAGGUCUUAGCUACUGGGCGCCGGCCAACAUUGGCCCCUACUCGCAGGCUGUUACCGUGAGCUUACUAGUGUCCCCAGAAGCUGACGUUCAGGUGAACUCUCGACUGCAUAUCGCCGGCCAAAUCCCAUUGCAGCCGCCGUCGCUCACGUUUGCGCCGUUCCCCGCCGCUCCGGCCAGCCCGUAUCCGCACCAAGCUGCUCUCGCACUGCAGCACGUUGGGCGCAUCAUCGACGUGCUGAGGAACCCGAACUCGACCGGAGGCGGAUGGACGGGAUGGAUCGAGAGCUGUGUGUGCUGGUGGGCUCGGCCGAAGGGUCUGGGCUGCGAGGGGCCGGACGUCGCUCGGAGAGCAUGGAAGGCGUGGGCGGAGGAGAACGACUGUGUCGGUGCCCCCGCGAUCUUUGUUGAAGCGAAGGAGCUCCCGCGCUGCGCGCUGGUCGAAUAUCAGGUCAAUGCUCACACCGGCCGACCAGGCGCCGAGGCUGCCACUGCCACCUCCAACGAUGAUGACGACGACGACAGCGAUGACGAGGACCCGUCGCCGAAGUACAGCCACACCGAGACGCAGUCCGCGUACCGUCAAGAGUGCAAGGCGCCGUCGUCCCGACAAGGUUCGAGGCGGGCGAUCUUCCUCGACAGUAUGUUCAACUGUCCCGGCCGAACUAACACCCCAGACGAUGCGGACCUAAAACAAGUCUCGAUGAUGCUCACAUCCGGCGAGGACGUCGUCUCUGUGAAGAUGUACUACGCCCCCUCAACCUCGCCGAAGCUUUGUAAGUUCACAGGCCUAGGUCAGGAACUAAUAGCAGACGGCCUCGUCACGAAAACGAUGGAUCACUUCAACAUUCACUUCGUCCCCGUUCCUGUGCUCAGCGCUCAGAACGUGGAGGGCAAGGCGUUCUCGAUUGCGCUCGAGGUGUUUGGAGCUUAG